AUGAGAAGAGGCAAGCCUCGAGAUGAAAGGCUGGAGAAGGUUGAAGCCAGUCUUGUUAGAGCUAGAGCUUUGAUAAGAGAAGAUAUAUUAAACACUCCAAACAGCACAUUUGAGCUUCAGGAUUUGGAUUUUGUUCCGAAAGAAAAUAUUUCCAAGAAUGCUCGUUCAUUUCACCAAAGUUACCUACUUUUAGCCCAACAGUUCAAGAUUUAUGUUUAUGAAGAGGGGGAGCCACCUUUAUUUCAUUAUGGUACUUGCAAGAACAUGUCCAUGGAAGGACUGUUCGUUAGAUUGAUGGAACAGAACAAAAGACAUCAAACUCGGAAUUCUGAUAAAGCUCAUGUUUAUUUCCUUCCCUUUAGUGUUGUGAUGAUACUUGAACAUCUGUUCGAUCCAAUCAUCCGCGAUAAAGCUGUGAUGGAGCGUACAAUUGUCGAUUAUGUCCGAACCUUAUCCAAGUAUCCAUAUUGGAACAAAUGCAUUGGGGUUGAUCAUUUCACUUCCUGCCAUGACUGGGGGCCAAGUGCAACCUGGUAUGUGAAAGAACUCUACUACAAUGCCAUCCGAGAACUAUGCAAUGCAAACACUUCUGAAUAUUUUAAUCCCAAGAAAGAUGCAUUAUUUCCUUAAAUCAAUCUGAUAACUGGGGAAAUUAUGAAUCUUACUACCACUUUACAUCCAUCAAAUAGGUCAGUCUUAGCAUUCUUUGCAGGCAACUUGUAUCAUGGUAAAAUAAGGGCGGUACUGUUUAAGCACCGGAAGGGAAGGGAUAAAGAUGUGCAAAUCUAUGAAACAUUUCCAGAAGGACUUUCAUAUCAAGACAUGAUGAAGAAGAACAAGUAUUGCUUAUGUCCAAGUGGGCAUGGAGUUGCCAAAGCAAGAAUUGUAGAAGCAAUUUAUGCUGAAUGAGUUCCGGUGCUAAUAUUACAGCACUAUGUCCUUCCUUUCAGUGAUGUUCUCAAUUGGGAGUCGUUUUCAAUCCAAGUUCCAGUGAGUGAAAUACCAAACCUCAAGAAAAUUCUCAUGCGGAUAUCUGAAGAUCAAUAUCUUAGAAUGCUACAGCAUAUCAAGUAAGUGCAACGUCAUUUUUUGGUGAAUGAUCCUCCAAAGAAAUAUGAUGUCUUUAACAUGAUAAUUCACUCCAUAUGGCUUCGUCGGUUGAAUGUGCGAAUUUAUAGUUGA